GCCCACACAGAGAUCGAUGAAGGGUUUGGAAUGCUGACAUGCUAAUAAGCAUUCCUCCCCCUAAGCCCCUCCCACCCUGCUGCUUGCUCGGUCGCUUCUCUCUCCCGGGCAAAGUCGCCGGGAUAGAAAAGCGACAGACAGCGGGCGCGAGUGCUAGUAGUGAGCGCGUGCACGCGGCUGGCUGACGGGGCCCUCGCUCCCGCUGUUUCCCUCAGACGGUGUCCGACGGGGCUCAUUCCAUUCCUUCCAUCCUCUCUCUUAAGAGCGCAGAGGCCUAGACAAACGAAGAGAGAGAAAGGACCCGGGGGGGGGUACUUGCGGCAAGGCCGGCGGCAAUGUCCGUAAGGAACAGUGAGGGGCGAGCGACGGCGACAGCCUCGGAGGUGCAGGGCCUGUGCCAUCACACUUCUCCUGCACCGUUUCUCCUUGCUCCUCAUAGUUGGGCUGUGCCUGGGGGCUGGGGCCGAGACUGAGCCGCCCUGGGCCUGAGGCCGGGCGGAAGAACACGGAGGAGACCGAGAGUGAGGCCGGGAGGAGUGUGGAGCUGCACGGAGGCAGCCUGAAUUUCCGCCGCCUGAGCAUGGGAAUCCUCUUCACUCGGAUAUGGAGGCUGUUUAACCACCAAGCUGUGCCUGGUCUAAUUGAUGUUAGAAAGCAAAGAAUUUACCGUGGCCUGAUUGGAAAAAGCUGAAAAUGCUUACUUUACAAAAAGCUGAUAGCACAAAGUGAUAAUUGUUGGCCUUGAUAAUGCAGGAAAAACAACCAUACUUUAUCAAUUUUCUAUGAAUGAAGUGGUGCAUACAUCCCCAACCAUUGGAAGCAAUGUAGAAGAGAUAGUUGUUAAUAAUACACGGUUUCUUAUGUGGGAUAUUGGAGGCCAAGAAUCACUUCGAUCUUCUUGGAAUACAUACUAUACAAAUACUGAAUUUGUGAUAGUUGUUGUGGAUAGCACAGACAGAGAGAGAAUUUCUGUAACUAAAGAAGAACUUUAUAAAAUGUUAGCACAUGAGGACUUGAAGAAAGCAGGGUUGCUCAUCUUUGCUAACAAACAGGAUGUUAAAGAUUGCAUGACAGUAGCUGAAAUUUCUCAGUUUCUGAAGCUAACCUCAAUUAAAGAUCACCAGUGGCACAUUCAGGCAUGUUGUGCUCUUACUGGCGAAGGAUUGUACCAAGGACUUGAAUGGAUGAUGUCAAGACUUAAGAUCAGAUGAUUUUUACUCUGUGCAGACGUUGUACCAAAAAAGUGCUGGACGUUUGGUCGUUUUGACAACUGUGAAUUAAUGGCUUAUGUGUAUUUAUAAAAUCAAAACUAUUUGCUACUUUAUUUGCUACUUAACACACUAAAGCCACCUCUGACAGAAAGAAAACAGAAGUUCAAACUUAGCUUUCCAGAUGUUUUCUCUGGAUGGAGUUCAAAUGCUGCAACUGACCUUAAUUUAAAGUGAAAUCACUUGAGACUGUUUUAAUAAAUAAUGUGUGGGUUGAGAAAGAAAAGGAGGAAUUUUAACUUUUACAUUUUAUUAUUCCAGUCUAACCCAUUCAGUUGAAAAUGUUGACUUUAUUAUUCCAGCAAAUCAGAAAAGAAGAUAGUGGCACAGAUAUUGACUUUCCAGUAUUGAAACUUAUUCAGACUUGUUUCAGAAGUGCAAUUUUUUUCCUGUAUGUGUUCUGUACACUUUGUAUACUUAUACCUCAUGUUAAGUUUGAUUGAAACCUGUACAGAGAAACAGUAACUAGCGCUGACUCUGUCAGUACUCUUAAUGCUGAGAUCCACAAACUGCAGUUAAACUGCACUAUGUAUAUUCCAUCCACUUUAGUCCUAUUGAAUCAAAAGUGCUUUAAUCUGUAUGAAUUGGGCUGUGAAAAAUAGUACAAGUAGGGAUACUGCUGACACAUCAUUUGUAUUUUGUCACAUGCUCUGUGCUGUUCUCGCCAUCAAUGAUGAUGGUAAAAUUCUUGAAGAUUAUUUGUUUUUAUAUAUAUAUUGCAGCUAACCAUAAAAAGAGAGACACGGUUUGUUAUUGAUAAGGUUUAUACGGCUUAAUAUUGACGUCUAGCUGUACCAAAAAAAAAAAGAAAAGAAAAUUGCAAAAGGUUGGGGAAAAUUUAAAGGUUUACAUUUUGAUUGUGUUGGCUAAGAAAAUUGCUUGGAAUAUGCAAAGUAGUUCAAAAACAUCUUUACACUUGGGUUUUAUACUAGGACAUUCCCAUUUUAAGCACCACUUGGGGGAGGUAAGGAUGCAUACUUGUGACAAGUGAAACAGUCAGGGCAUGGAGUUUCAUCUAGACUAAGUUACACUUAGUUCCCAUGUAUUUCAAUGGGAUCUAAGUUAUGACUAACUUUAAGUCCAGGUAAAGCCAGUUAUUCCUUUACAGGAGGCAGAAAGUAAAAUCAAGAUAGUUAGGUUAAUAAUAGACCAAUAUCCCAUAUAGCAAACUGCUUUUAAGCACUGUAGGAAUGCCCUAAGCAGUUUCCUGUAUUGCUUGUCGUGGGCUGCCUCUUAAAGAAACAGGAUACUAAACUCUGCAUUCUAUUUACGAAGCUCUUCUCUGGUUUGAGGAAAGAAUGCUUUAUUUCACACAAAUUACAGUUGACAGUCUUAUCUAAUCUUGUUGCAAAACUCCCAGAAUAUUAAACAAUGUGAAUAAAAAUUUUUUCUUAAACCUUGUGCAGCCAACAUUGUAAAAAUUGUGUGUGGGGUGGGGGGCAGUAAUUUGCAGAGAUGCCAUAGUGUAGGGAAAUUGCUGUGUUUCUUUAAGGGUUGCAGUUCUUACGAAAGUACAAGAAGAAUUACUUGAAAUAUUUUUUCAGUGCUCUGAACACUAUGCCUACCAUUCUUAUUAGGCUUCUGUGAUAUUUAGAAAAAAAUAUAGAUGUAGCACUUGAUACUGGAAAGCAUUCUGAUUCUUUUUUCUUUUUUUAAAAAAUAGGCCACUAAUUUGCUCCUAAAUGGGGAAAAACACUGUGAUAUGGUAGUUAACAUAUAAUUGCCUACAUUGGGUCAAAUUGUCUUGAAAUUAGAACACAUUUGAUAGUUCACUUAACUCUUGGAAAGAGAUGGAUGAUAUAUACAAGACUUAAAAUGAAUUGACUUUUGGAAUAUAUCCAUACUUCCAUGCUGAUAGUAUCUGAAGGAGAGUAAUGUGUUUCCUGAACAAGAUCAGUCUCCCCACCCCCUGUUAAUAAGCUUGUCAUUUUUUUAAAAAAAUAUUGAGAAUUGAUCCUCUUUACUGGCAGCUGUUCUCAGUUUGGGAACAAACACAUUUAAAUAAAAAGGGAGGUAAUAGGGCAACAAACUUUCAGGAAAGGUUUAGUCCAUUUCACGGACUCCAGGGAAGCAAAACAUUUACAAACUCACUGGCAGUUACCAUCUUAGAUUGGCUGGCAGACCCUCAGCGUUAACAACAUGCAGGAAAAGUGUUUUACACUAUAUAUUUCAUGGAUUGGAAUGAGGCAGCAGUGGGUAGGUGCCGUCUCCUGCCAGUCAGACACCCUAGGAGGGACUAGGGGAGAGCUUAACAUAGAGCCUUCACUUAGUCACUCUUAUUUUGGGAUAAGAGUAUGAAGUUACCAAUCAAUUCUUUGUGGUUAUAUUUGAAGCAGAAGCCCAUUUUCAUGUUUGUGAAUAUUUUUGUCUAAAACAAGCUUUGUAAACAAAAAAAACCCUGUAUGGGCAUGACUAUAAAACUGAUGUUACUGCUAAUUUUUUGAAACUUAGCUGGAGGACUUUGGAUGUCAUUCUGUCUCUACAAGUAAGGUUAUCCAUAACACUAACACCAAUGGAUUAAGGGCUGCUUGGCACACAACAUUCUCUACUUGUGUGCAAGAAAAAGUAUACACUUGUGUGUGUGUGUGUGUGUAUGGUGAGAUCAAGUGUAAAGAUUAUACAGUAUAGUGCUACCUGCCGCUGGACAGCAUGCUCUGUGGUUUUGUAGAGCAUAUGAUUGAGGUGGACCAUAGGUAUUUGCUUAAUGGACAGCUUUACUACUCUUUGUCUAAAGCCACCUUGGACCGUAUCCUGGUUCAUGUCAAUCUGUAGAAUCAUAGAGACAUACAACUGGGCUGAAAAAUAUAUCCAAGGUAAGCUGAAAAUUCAGUUUCUAGAUUUUGACUGGUGGAGGAACUUAUAUUUGGCAUUUAAUUUAAUGCUUUUUUUAAACUAUCCCUGCCAGCAUGCUUGCUUCUGUGCCUAUGUAAUGCCUACUCAUUGUGUACAUUUGUAAAUAAACAGAUUAUUAUAAAGAUAUUGCAA